AUGGCCCUGGAGGUGAAGGUGCAGAGGGUGACAGGGCUUCCUGGAACCCAUGAAAGACAAGUACAGCUCAGCUUCCGAGGUUUUACCCAGAAAACAAGGAGAAUUCAUUGUGGCCAUGAAGCUGAUUUUGAUGAGUUUUUCCGGUGGCCCCAUUAUGGGGCUGUGCUGGCUCAAGAGUUCCUGUCCAUACAGGUCAUCAACUGCAGCCAGCUAUUCAGCCCUAGGAUCCUGGGAACGCUGGUGAUCUCCCUACAGCACUUGCAGAGUGUUGGGCAUCUGGUUUUGAAAGAGGCUCUGGUGGACAGGAACCAAUGUUUGUCCCGGAUCCAGGUAGAGUUAGAUCUCAGAUACCAUCCCCUGGAUGGUGCUGCUGGAGCUUGGACUGAGGAGGACUUUGUGUCUCACAUCAGAGACAGCUCAGAGCUGACCAUCCAGAACGUGGGCUUCCAGGAGCUGGAACCCCAGGAGUCAGGUGGGCUGGAUCGCCGAGCUGCUGCCUUGGGCCAAAGGCUGGCUCAAGGCCUGGGCCCACCACAGGAAGAGGAAGAUGAUGAGUGGGAUCUGGAGGAAGAGCCGGAAGAUGAAAUCUCAGGGGUUGUGUUCAGCUCCAUCAAAAGCCGAGCCAGGGACAUCUCUAGAAGAGACCCCCACCAGGUGCCCAAAGCCCAGGCCUUCCAGGUCAGUGUCACAGUUCUAGAGGCCCAGAAGCUGGUGGGAGUCAACAUUAACCCUUACGUGGUCGUGAGGGUAGGGGAGCAGCGCCGGCAGACUGCCAAGCAGCGUGGGACCAACUGCCCUUUCUUCAAUGAGCAUUUCUUAUUUGAGUUUCAUGCAACCAAGGAGCUUCUGCAGGAAAUGCUGCUGGAGAUCACGGUGUUCCAUGCGCAGACACUCCCCUUUCUGGCCACUCGGAUAGGCACUUUCAGAAUGGAUCUGGGCCUCAUCUGCGAACAGCCGGACAGCCACUUUUCCCAGAAAUGGGCUGUGCUCCACGAUCCCCAGGACACCCACGCUGGAGCCAAAGGCUUUGUCAAAGUUACUGUAACUGUGACGGCACGGGGGGAGUUGACCCGGCCCCUCCCUCCAUCUCCACCAGGCCACAGUCCAGAUAUUGAAAAGAACCUGCUGCUGCCCAGAGGGUUCCCAGCUGAUCGGCAGUGGGCACGUCUCAGUGUCCGUCUCUACCGGGCGAAGGGUCUCCCUGCUCUCAGCCCUGGACUCCUGGGUGGCUUGGUCCGCAUUGUGCGAGACCGACCAGUCUUAGUGGAUCCUUACAUUAGGGUGUCCUUCUUGGGACAACAGGGGGAGACCUCAGUGCAGAGUGAGACCACAGACCCUGAGUGGAACGAGCAGUUGAACUUUGUGGAGCUGUUUCCACCUCUCACCUCCCGAAUCCGCCUACAGCUGAUGGAUGAUGCUCAAAUGGGUGAUGUGCCCAUUGCCACCCAUGUCCUGGAUCUCAGGCAGAUCUCCCACCCAGGCCGUGCUGUGGGGUUUAAGCCUACCUUUGGUCCCACCUGGGUUCCUCUCUAUGGUUCUCCCCCAACUGGGGGCCUUCGGGAUAGUCUGCAGGGCCUCAACAGUGGCCAAGGCCGAGGUGUAUGGUUCCGGGGCCGCCUGCUGCUAGCCGUGGGGCUGGAGAUGUUUGGGGGUGGGGCCCGUCCUGAGCCCUGCCAGGUCCCACAAAUCUCUCGGAUGGCCCAGAUCACCAGGAAGAAGAAGAAAGGCCGAAAAGAUCAGGGCCCAGCCAAGGAACCUGAACAGCCCAAUGUAACCCAAGAUGGGCCAGAACUGCCCAGUACCAUGGGAGUAGAGGUGGAAGAACUGUAUCCGCUGCCUGAGCAAGCUCUGGCUGCCUGUGAGGAUUUUCUGCUCUUUGCUGUCCUCUUUGAGGCCACUAUGAUUGACCCUUCUGUAGGCCCCCAGCCCAUCAGCUUUGAGAUCUCCAUUGGGGGUGCUGGCCGUCAGGAAGAAUCGCUGAGCCACAGAUCACAGGGCAGAGAAGUCGAGGCUGGAGCCAGAAUGGACGCUCAGACUGGAGAGGCCCAGCCUCUGCUAGAACUAGACCCAGAACCUGAGACCAGACCAGAGCUAGAUGGGCAGGAAGGACCUGAGGAGCUGAUGGGAACACUGGGGCAGCGGCCAGAGCCCAUGGAGGGUGAUGGGCCCUACCUUUGCCUGCCCCUACGAUAUGAGAAGCCAUGUAUUCACGUCUGGAGUCGCUGGGAAGACCAUACUUGGCGCCUUCAAAGCAGCAAUUGCAUCAAGAAAGUAGCAGAGAGACUGGAUCAGGGGCUGCAGGAGACAGAGGGGCUGCUGAGGAGGCCAGGACCAGGGGCAUGGCUACGGCUGCGACAGGCCCUGGAGGAGCUGGUGGCUGGGAGCAGGCAGUACUAUAGAGGAGUUGAGCGAAGGACAAUGACCCGGCCCAAUGCUCUGGAUCGGAACCGCAGGAAGCUGCUGACUCACAGCAUGGCUGUAGUUGCCCGGCAGGGCCUGCGCCUCCUUGGAGGUCUGAAGCCCAGCAAUGUGGACCAGAAGGUGAUGGAGGCCAAGAAGAUCCUGGCCAAGCUAUAUUUCCUCUUCCAGGAGCCCCAGCCACCUCUCCCAGAUGUGUUGGUCUGGAUGUUCAGCGGGCAGCGGCGUGUAGCCCUUGCUCGGAUCUCGGCACAAGAUGUGUUAUUCUCCAUGGUGGAAGAAGAGCGUGGACGGGACUGUGGACGGGUCCAGAGUCUGCUGCUCACCGUGCCUGGAGCUCCUCCUGGUGAGGUCUGUGCCAAGCUGGAACUGUUCCUGUGGCUGGGCCAGGGCAAACAUGCCAAGGCCUGUACUCAGGAGCUUCCCCCAGAGUUGCUACCCCGACCCUUGAGAGGGCUGCCUCACACCUUACACAGAGAUGACUUCAGCUACUUUCAGCUCCGAGCUCACAUCUACCAAGCAAGGGGAAUCCUGGCUGCUGAUGACAGUGGCCUCUCUGAUCCCUUUGCCCGUGUCCUUAUCUCCACACAGUGUCAGUCCACACAGGUCCUGGAGCGGACGCUGAGCCCCCUGUGGGAUGAGCUCCUGGUGUUUGAGCAGCUGAUUAUAGAUGGGCGGAGAGAACAGCUUCCUGCUGAGCCACCCCUGGUCACCAUCAAUGUCUUUGAUCACAACAAGUUUGGUCCUCCUGUAUUCCUGGGCCGGGCUCUGGCAGCUCCUCAGGUAAAGCUGAUCGAGGAGCCCUACCAAGGCCCCGAGCUGCAAUUCUUCCCCCUGACCAAGGGUCUCCAGGCUGUAGGGGAGCUCAUCGCCACCUUUGAGCUCAUUGAGCUGGAUUACAGCAGUAGACUUGAGCCCUCAGUGCCAGAAGAUGUAGAGCCCCAGGAUCUGGAAUUUCUGCUUGACCCUACUUCUGGACAUCUCCAUCUACCUCCAAGGGUACGACCCCUGCUCAAGGAGUUCCGAAUUGAGGUGUUGUUCUGGGGUCUUCGAGGGCUGGGCCGGGUACAUCUAUUUGUGGUGGAGCAACCUCAGGUCGUGCUGGAAAUUGGGGGCCAACAUGUGGAGUCUGAGAUUCUUACUAGUUACCGAGAGAACCCCAACUUCACAGAACUGGUCAAGCAUCUGACUGUGGAGCUCCCUGAGCAGCCAUAUCUGCAGCCCCCACUCAGCAUCCUUGUGGUCGAGCGCCGGGCCUUUGGCCGCACUGUUCUCGUGGGCUCCCACAUCGUCCCCCAUGUCCUUCAGUUUGCUCUCCAGGAGGCCACAGAGUCCUCUGAGGAGGAGGGGGAUAGGGGACUCCAAGGACAGAAAUAUCUGGAUUCCCCUUUGGUGCAGCAGCCGCUUGGAGCUGGGACUUCUCAAGAGCUGCUGACUAAGCCCCUUAGGAAGCUGCCUCGAGGCAGCCUCUUGGAGAAAGGGCAGCAGCUCCAAGAAGACGUGCCUGAGCUGAAUGAGCUGGAUUGGUGGUCUAAGUACUAUGCCUCCCUGCAGGAACUUGGGGACCAGAUGACCAUGGAUGAGGAAGACAAUGAAGAUAAUGAAUAUUCAGAUGUGCUGAACCCCUUUUCUGGGGACAUGGAGGCUCAAGAUGGGUCCAGAGUUAAAGCUGUCGUCCCAGUAUCCCAGAGAAAACCAAUUGCCACUCUGAAGAUCUACAGCUCACCACUGGAGGAUGAAUUUGGCCAAUUUGAGGACUGGCUGCAUGUGUUCCCCCUGUACCGAGGCCGUGGGGGUCAUGAUGGGGAUGGAGAUGAGGACAGGCCUGGAUAUCCCAUGGGCAAGUUCAAGGGCUCUUUCCUCAUUUACCCUGAGUCAAAGUCACUCUCUGAGCCCCGAAUUUCACAUGGGAUACCCCAGAACCAUCCCAUAAAGCUGCUUGUUCGUGUGUAUGUUGUAAAGGCCACCAGUCUGGCCCCGGCAGACCCCAAUGGCAAAGCAGACCCAUAUGUGGUGGUGAGUGCCGGCCGGGAGCGCAAAGACACCAAGGAACGCUAUAUCCCCAAGCAGCUGAAUCCCAUCUUUGGAGAGGUGCUGGAGCUAAACAUCUCCCUCCCUGCUGAGACUGAGCUCACGGUGGCUGUAUUUGACCAUGACCUUGUGGGCUCUGAUGACCUCAUUGGAGAGACUCGGAUUGACCUGGAGAAUCGAUUUUACAGCCACCACCGAGCUAAUUGUGGACUAGCUUCCCAGUAUGACACGGAAGGCUACAAUACAUGGCGGGAUGCCAACAAACCUUCUCAGGUGCUGGCCAACCUGUGUCAACGCAGUGGCCUCCCUGCCCCCGAGUACCGCCCUGGGGAGGUCAAAGUGGGCAGUAAACUCUUCCAGGUACCUCCGGGGGCCACCUCUGCAGGUGGGAGGGGCCAAGAGGCCAGCACCAAAGUCUGCGAGGAGGAGCAAGCCCUGUCUGUGUUGCUAAGAUGGAGGGAGAUGCCCCAACAUGGCCGUUCACUAGUGCCUGAACAUGUGGAGACCCGGCCCCUAUACCACCCCAGCAGUCCGGGCCUGCUGCAGGGUUUCUUGCAUAUGUGGGUAGACAUUUUCCCCAACGACGUGCCAGCUCCCCCCGUUGUGGACAUCAAGCCAAGACAACCAAUCAGCUACGAGCUCCGAGUUAUCAUCUGGAAUACUGAGGAUGUGGUCCUGGAUGAUGUGAAUCCCCUCACUGGGGAAAUGUCCAGUGACAUCUAUGUGAAGAGCUGGGUGAAGGGUUUGGAAUCUGACAAACAGGAGACAGAUGUCCACUUCAACUCGCUGACGGGGGAGGGGAACUUUAAUUGGCGAUUCGUGUUCCGCUUUGACUACCUGCCCACCGAGCAGGAGGUGAGCGUCAAAAGAAAACCUAGCCCCUUUGCCCUGGAGGAGGCCGAGUUCCGACAGCCCGCGGUGCUGGUCCUGCAGGUCUGGGAUUAUGACCGAAUCUCUGCCAACGACUUUCUGGGGUCCCUGGAGCUACAACUGCCAAAUAUGGUGAGGGGUGCACGAGAGUCAAACCUGUGCACCAUUCGCCAGGCCCAUGAGAGGGCCAGACCCCGCUGCAGUCUCUUCCGCUCACGGCGAAUGCGUGGAUGGUGGCCAUUUGUGAAGCUACGUGAGCCUGAGGAUCUGGAACGUGAGAAGCGUGAGGCUGAGAGCAAUGGGAAAAAGAGGAAGAAGAAAAGGAGGAAGGCUAAGCCAGAGGACGUGGAGUUCAUUGACUCCGGUGGAAAUGUCUACAUCCUAACGGGGAAGGUGGAAGCUGAGUUUGAACUGCUGACUGUGGAGGAAGCUGAGAAACAUCCUGUGGGAAAGGGGAGGAAAGAGCCCGAGGCCCUAGAGAAGCCCAACCGCCCUAAAACCUCCUUCAACUGGUUUGUGAAUCCACUGAAAACCUUUAUCUUCUUCAUAUGGCGCCGAUACUGGCAUAUCCUCGUGCUGCUGCUGCUCCUGGCCCUUAUCACCAUCUUCCUCCUCCUAGUCUUCUACACCAUUCCUGGUCAGAUUAGCAAGGCCAUCUUCCGCCCCCUCCACUGAUCCCCAGCCACAUCCUUCAAGGUUUUGUUUUAUUUUUUAACCCAAGCAAAAAAUUAU